CAACUUUACAGUUUUUCGCGAUAAGGUUUUUGAAUAGGUGAAACAACACAUAUAUUCUGAAUCAGGUCGACGAGCUCUAUCCAAUUUAUCGAGAAAAUAGUUGUGCUCCUCGUUUGAAUUAAGGACACCUUACUGAAAAAUCAAAAGUCACAUUUUCCCAAGUAGUACACCGACGGACUCUGUGUGUUCCUAUUUCUACUCCGAAUAAAAUGUGUGAUUACCAUCCAAAAAAUGAUUAUAUUUUUGAUGAUUGCUAGGCAUUAUUUAUUUGUACACGAAAGAGAAAGAUAAAAAAUUGAAAAGGUAAUGAUCAUACUUAACUUUUGUAAUAUGGAGAACAUUAGGUAUCAUCCUUGUCUUACAUAUCUGUUUAUCCCAAGUGUAGUUUUCUGUUUUAAGCUUAAAUACAAGGAAAUUUGCCACACAUGUCUUGGCUAUGAUAUUCGACUACCAUGCUUGUUUCCUCAAGGAAGGUUUUUCGUUUUAUCUCAAGCUGCUGUUUAAGCAAUUAAUAUAGCAUAGUUUAUACUUUCAGUACCUCCUUCCCGUCAGCAUUAUAAUUGCCAUGGCGGCAUCAUAUUAUCGAGUACUGAUAUAUUUCCUUACUGUUAGACGUUUGCUAGAAAAAAAAUAUUGUCAAUCAGAUAUAUGUGAUGAAAAUUACGGUAAAUUUCAUUUAUUACCAGGCAUAGAAAUGGUUACCUGUGGCACUGGUACGCAUGAUCCAGCGGACGUGGUCAAGAAUGUUUCGCUGUGGUUGUUAAUAAUAUUGAUUAUCUGGUAUUUGACAUUGGUAUAGAUGCAGAAUUAAAAUUGAAUUCAUUUAAUAAUACAGAUAAACUGCCACUGAUAACAAACAUAUUUUUAACACAUUAUCAAAGUGAUCAUACUGCUGGUGUACUAAAUGCAUUAAAUCUCGAACAUUUUUAUGAUACGGAUGCCAUCAACAGACAGCUGAUUGUUGAUUUUCCAACAACGAAAUGUAAACCAACUUUUGCAAGACCAACGAAUACAAAUUUAAAUCCGAAACGAUUUGAUUCACUGAAUUUUAUAGCUGUGCCGUUCCAGACACCACCAAUGGAUAAUAAAACACAAAUACUUGUAUAUAAAAAUAAGGAUCUUACUGUUAAAGCAUUUCGUGUUUAUCAUUUUACUGCUGAUCCAGCUGUUGGUAUGUUCUUAAAUAUACAAAUAACAAUUAGUGGCGAUACAGAUACGUCAUUCAUAAAUAAGAUGAUCGAUCUUUUUGCGAAUAUUGACCUUCGCCUCUCUCAGAUAAGAGAAUGCAUUAAGUUUUGAGCUGAAAACGUUUGAUGAAGUGAAGCGUGUUGUCUCAUAAAAACAAAUUGAAUAAAGCUUUCGGCCUUUUUAUUGAUUGUACAAUGUUUUCAUCUUUUUCAUACAAAACAAUAGAUAUCAAUAAAAUAUCUGAAAGAUCGCUGGUCUAUUUCUUAGAAUUUCUCAACAAUUUUUAAAAUGAUUUUAAAAAAGUAUUAUUGUUUGUAUGCAGCAAAGAGGAGAAAAAUGUUGUUGUUCACUACUCUUCCUGAAAAACGAAAAAAAGCUUAUACCAAACAGAACACAAAAACGUACCAAAAAUAUUACUACUGAUAACAUCGAGUUAAUUGCACAACUUCAAUCGUUGUACAUAAUACAGACACAGAACAGUGAAUUUAGUUGUGCAGUUCCUGCAAAGCUAAGUUCACAUGUUCGAAUCUCUAUUUACACAAAAUGGAUUUUGUGUGUUUCGAUAGUUUUAGUUUAGAAUACUAUAAUGGGAUAUUUUUCCGCUUGUAUUCUGACAGAUUAAAGCUUAUACUGACCAAAAAACAGCUUAAUAAACGACAUUUUCUCUUGGAAACUGCUCGGUUCUCCUAUUUUCCACGCCCCCUUCCCUGAAAGUGAAGCCAGGUGAAUUUCUUUCCUCCUCAUUUUUUUCUUCUCUUUGCUGCAUACGAACAAUAGUACUUUUCUAAAAUCAUUUUAAAACUUGUUGAGAAAUUCUAAGAAAUAGACCAGCGAUCUUUCAGAUAUCUUAUUGAUAUCUAUUGUUUUGUAUGAAAAAGAUAAAAACAUUGUACAAUCAAUAAAAAGGCCGAAAGCUUUAUUCAAUUUGUUUUUAUGAGACAACACGCUUCACUUCAUCAAA